AUGUCCUCUUACCUCAAGUCUCCCCCACCCCAUUACUCGGUCAACGCAUUGGCCCUGACGGCACCUGCCCUGGAGAUUCUGCACGGGACCCCCACCACCAUCCUCCCUUCCCCAGGCACGCCACGGAAGCAGCGCCGGGAGCGGACCACGUUCACUCGGGCUCAGCUUGAUAUCCUGGAAGGCCUUUUUGCCAAGACUCGCUACCCUGACAUCUUCAUGCGGGAGGACGUGGCGGGCAAGAUCAAUCUCCCAGAAUCCCGAGUCCAGGUUUGGUUUAAGAACCGCCGGGCCAAGUGUCGCCAGCAGCAGCAGCAACAGCAGCAGCCUGCGAGUGGGGGAGCAUCCAAGGCCCGGCCCCCCAAGAAGAAGGGCGUCUCCCCGCCCCGAGGUGGAGCGGAGCCCGGGCCCGAGCCGCCCGGCCCCUACAGCCCGGCCCCGGCCCCCUCGGGCACUCCUCCGCCAGCCUCGGUCUCCAUCUGGAGCCCUGCCCUGUCUCCGCUGCCGGACCCCCUGGCGGCCAUGGGGGCAGCGGGGGGCUCAUCCGUCUGUGCCCAGCGGGGCCCUGGGGCUUCCGUGGCCGCCUCUUCUUCCUACGCGCUGACUUACACGCCGGCCCCAGCGGCCUUCAGUGCCUCCUCGUCGCCAUACGGGAGCUCUGGCUCCUUCUUCGGGGGUCUAGACUGCAGCCCCUACCUGUCGCCCAUGGGGUCCCAGCUGGGUGGACCCGGCUCUUCGCUCAGCCCCCUCCCUGCCCCUGGCAUGGGGCCCCACCUGGGCCAGUCCCCAGCCUCCCUGUCAGGUCAGAGCUUUGGGACCGGGGGCCUGGGCUUCAGCCCCGUGGACUGCCUGGAUUACAAAGACCCCAGCAGCACCUGGAAAUUCAAUUUCAGCACGACGGCCGAUUGCCUGGAUUACAAGGAUCAGAGUUCAUGGAAAUUCCAGGUGUUAUAG